AUGUCAAAAGAUGGAGAACCAAAACCACCUGCCUCAUGGAGCACCAACCAAGCAGGACUCUCGUCGAGGGUACCCCCAAAAUUGGCAACAUCACCAUUAAAAUCCACGUCUACGGGAUCUCCUAAAAUAUCUCCAGCAAAGUCACCCUUGAGAACGGCGGGACCGAGACCCUCGGCGCCUUCAGGGAUUGAUACUCACUGUUAUGCGGCUACUGAGCACGGGACUAACAAGAGUCGAGAUGCUCUUGUGUCCGAAAUGCUUUGGGAUUACCUCUCUGGGAAUCCGAUCCUCCACACCAAGGUACAGAAGGUGCGCCAUGAUAUUUCCAACCUGAAAAUGGAGUAUAGAAACGGAUGGCAUGACCCAAAAAUGAUUAUGCACUUGUUCGAUAUGGCCUAUGACGACAGAGGAAAACAUGCCACCGAUUUUCUACACACCGCUGGGCACCAAUUGCAGCUGAUCUGGACGUUUGAUCCAACACUAACAAGAGCCAUGGAACAGACAGGCGAUGGCAUGAAAGACAUCAUCUAUUGCUGUCUCGCGAUAAUCAAAAAGAAGCGUCCAAGCCUAACACUAUCCGAAGUUGUGAGGCAGAUCAUCAAUGCGAUGCCUCAGAGAAUAGAUGGCCUGACUAAAUGCAUGAAUCUCGCUGUUGACGUUGCUAAAAAACCGCCUUCCCCCGGCUGGGAAGAACUGAUGAUCAGGUCAAGUCGGCACGGUGGCUUACUAUCGUUACGUCCCAAUGAAAGCAAGAUUGUUGCUGAUGGACUCCAGGUGCUAUGUGAUAGCCCCUGGCCUCAAAUGGAGUGUGUGAUUAUUGGUGUUGUUGAAAUUGUGAUGUCUAAAACACAGAACAAGUUCACGCCUACUCAGAUUAUUCAGGAUAUGAUGCGGUUAAUUGGAAAUUCCAAAGUUUCUCCAAUUUUGGGCUCCAGAAACCCCUAUCAGCUUCAAUGUAGGCUACAAGCAACACUUCUCGCCUUGAAGUUCAUGGAACCACUGCUAUUCUCCCUGCCGGACGUGAAACCCGGUAAAAACGUUAAGAGAGAGAAGAAUGAAGAAGCUCGUGCUCCUAUAAAGCGGCAUUUUUCAGAAUACCGACCUAAUCAACUCAAACGAUCUGCUGGCCCUUCUAAUGCUACAGAUGUGCAUGUCUCUUUGACUUCUGUCGGAAAGCCGAAGCUCAUCUCUCCUAGAAAGCUGAGAACCCUGGAAAUUGAAACCAAGCUGGCGGAAAUGGCUUGUAAACGCACUAUAAGAGAUUUCACAGGUGUCACGCCGUCUGUUAAGGCCGUUCAGGAGCAAAAGACGGUAGCUACUGCACCACGACCGCGAAAGCCAGCCGAAACUAUACCUACAAAGCUAUCCUUAGAAGAUGGAGAGACUGCGAAUGGAGCGAAAUUACUAAACACCCACGAGAUAGCCAGGUCAUCUACAACGGAGUUCGCGGCAGAGUCAGCCUCUGGUGUUGUCUCACAGAGCCGAAAGUCGUUGUUUGAAGACAGCAAGCGGUUUGAUUUAUCCGCCAACAUGUCUUCAGAACAACGAAUAAACGAAGAAAUAGGGGAUCUUCUGGAUAAUGUCUCUUCGAACGAGCCUCUUAUUCCUCCAGCACAGACAACGAUGGCGGGUGUACCUUCUGUUCCCAUUGUCGAGCGACUUCAUGCUCCAACUUCUGUAUGCAUAAAGGAAGAGUCUAAGGAUAUCGCUUUCAGAAACAGUGCCAAGCUUUCAGUAACCGACGCGGUAGCCAAAAUAGCCCAUCUCCAACCCGGAGUUGGAAAGUACAUCGAGUCUAUCCAAGGUCAUGACCCGCAUGUAGCUAAGGCAUUUCUGGUUCGCUUGGUUAUGAGUGGCCAAGUUGAUGUUGGCACUACACUAGGGCACGUGAAACAACUGAAAAUACGCUACCCUCGCCACGAGUUCUUCUUUUCACCUAAGGAUGAUAAACUGCUACUACAGCUUAUGCGGGGAGCCGGCGCGAAGCCCUCCAAGCUCAAUCGUCUGUUCAAGAGGCAUCUCUCUUCUGAUAUUGACAUGCGAAUGAAGUUCCUAGGCUAUCUGAAAACCAGAAAAGACAAUUAA